CACUAGCUGUAACGGAAUGUGGUUCAGCUGUCACCAUUGUGAUUCAACUGAGCUUACAGGGCACUUUAACCAACCAGUAUCUUUCUGAAGUGAGGAGAUCAAGAGAAAAUUGAAGAACACAAUUAGCGUUCACCUGUUCCAAUUGGACGAUUAACAGUUCCUUUGAAGUGACAGCUGUCAAUCAGCCAGCUCCGCCAAUGACAGGAGCAGGCUGGCGGCCCCGCCCGUUGCUGUGUCCGGCCCGCUCGAGCUGCCUGAAAUAGGCUUGCGCUGGGUGCGGCCUCGGUUUGAUGGCUCUUCCAUUCCCAUCCUUGUGCUCGUCAUCCCGGCCCUGGCCGCCUCGGCUCUCUAAAUAAAAUCGUAUUUAGGCGCCUGGAUAUGGCAGCCGUUUCCAAGAACGGAAGGCUACAGCCCUGCUCAGAUGGAGGUUUUCAAUCAUUACCAAUAUCUGACAACUUAUCUGUGCCAUCGUUUACUGCGUACCCAACGGACAAGCCCUUCAUCAAUGCUGAUUUACGCCGGUCCCCAGAUAAACCUGUUGUCGCGUAUCCAGAGAGCAACAGUAGAGCAGUACUUUCAGCAUUAAGAAAUCUUCAAGAGAAGAUUCGCAGGUUGGAGCUAGAGCGAGCACAGGCACAGGAAAACUUGAAACGUAUCUCCAAGGGUGCAGCAGAGAGCAAAAAUGUGUUGGAUAAGGGCCGACAAAGAGAGGGUAAUACAGAGAUUGAAAUGGCACAGCAUAGUCAAGCAUUGGCAACACAAUUGUCAGCAGCAGAGUCUCGCUGUAAAAUUCUGGAAAAACAGCUGGAAUACAUGAGAAAAAUGGUGCAGAAUGCUGAAAUGGGGAGAGAGAUGGCAUUGCAGAGACAGGCACCUUUGGAAAAGAAAAACUUGGUGGAUCAAUCAGAUCUACAAUCAAAACUUGAAAAACUUGACCUAAUCGAGCGGGAAUAUCUUAGACUUACAGCAACGCAGACUACAGCAGAGAAGAAAAUUUGUGAAUUGGAACAGAAGUUACGAGAGGAAGAACACCAACGAAAACUGGUACAGGAUAAAGCUGCACAGUUGCAGACUGGCCUGGAAAGAAAUAGAAUUUUGUUACAAGCAGUGUCACCACCAUCUCCAAAGAUGAAGAGAGUGAAGAGCAAGAGGAAGCAGCCAGUCAAGAAAUCUUGUACAAACCAUUCACAUGCACAACCUCAUUAUCGCUUCAACCUGGGUGAUAUUCCAUUUGUUGCAGGAAAAUCUGCUAGUCCAAGCCAUUCAGUCCGUGCUAAUGUUCAGCAUGUCUUGCACCUGUUGAAGCAACACAACAAGAUCUUGUGCAAUGACAGAGUUGUCAGUGACCAGCCAAUGGUCAGGAACAAAACCUCAAGAGUCUCCAAUAUAAUUCCUGAAAGUUCUUCUGAAUCUACCAUUUCCUCCACUUCCCAUGAGGUGCUUUCUGAUCUAUUGUUGACAUUACAAGAUGAGUUUGCACAAAUGAGCUUUGAACAUCAAGAGUUGGUCAAACAAAUUCAGGAAGCAAAUACAAAUGUGAUGAGAGAGGACUUGGAGCGAGAGUUAGAAUCACUGGUGAAAAGAAUGGAAGCAAAAGGAGAUCAAAUUGCUAAAGUCCACAAACAUCAAGCAUCGCUUAAAAAAUUCCAAGGUACGAUGAGGAGAAAGCACUCUGUCAGUGGAGGAACAAGUCAGAAAAAGACUCUUAAGAGUGCAAAUGAAGUGCAAGUCAGAACUGCAACAACCAAAGGGAAGGAUACUUCCUCUGAUAAAGUGCGACCAGGAACUAAAAGCAAAAGAAGCCUUUGUUUAUUAAGAGACAUGCAGACUCUACAAACUACUCUCCGAAAAGACGAUGUUAGUUGGGGCUAUUGAAGUAAUUUAUUUUAACUUUGUGGUGUGAAUUUCAAAGCCCAACUUGUUUGCUUAUGCCUCCUUUCUAUUUUUCAAUUAAUUCCUGUCUCUUUUCAAAGAAAGCAUUUGCUUAAAAAUAAGUGUAUGGUUGUGAAGGUGAAAUGCCAGAUUUCACAAACUGUUUUUGGAAUCUACUUCAAGCCUGAUUUGUGGACCAGUACACUUCUGCAAUGAUGUCAUUGGACUUUCAUAAUUGGAUCUCUACAUAGCCUCUCCUAGAUUACAGAUGCUGAGAUUCAUGCACAUCCUUCGACUGGGGGAAAUGUGAAAAUGACUUUGAGAUUCACCUUUCCUGUACUUGAAAAGCAUAGACUGUCCUACAAAUACGGCUCUUAUGGUUCAGCUUAGUUUCAAGUUCAGAAAUACUUCAUUAUGAAGCUAUAAAUGAAUCUGAAGACUUUAUUGAUGAAUGACCUCCAGAUUGGUGUAGUUACUCAGGGAAAAUUAUCCAACAAUGUAUUCAAACGAUAGAAUCCCAUUUAAUAUCUUAGUGACAAUUCAAUGUGUAAAUAUUUUUUUAUUUAACUCUGCAAUUGCAAAUUAUGGUUCCUAGACAUUUUAUACAGAACUGUUGGUCUAAUUUUAAAAUUAAAUAGACCAUGAUGAGAUUUUUAUGGUUUUGAUCCUGGCACUCAGGAAUAAGUUACGUCAAGAAAAAGAGAUACUUAAAUAUUAAUCUAUUUUAAAUAAAUAAAGAUUUUGCUUUUUU